AUGGGUUUACUCCCAUGUUCUUGUCAUCUGCCUUGCAAUAAAUCGAGAUCAGAAUGUCAAACGAAAUCUACUCAUAUCCAAUCAGAAUCAUCCACGUCAUCGUCACUCUUGUCUCAACCAAGUCUCCCAUUGAUUCCUUCGCUUUCUUCUCCGCCUCAAAGCACUAGCGUCCAUCACAAGUGCUUAGCCACACUCAAAUGUCACUCCUUAUACGUCUCUUCUCUUGCUCUCUCCGGAAAAUCAUUCUUCACCGGCUCUUCCAACAGCGAGAUACGUGUAUGGCCUCAAGAACCGCCGGAAUAUUCCACCGGAGCCGGCGAUGAUGACCGUAACAUAGUUGCCAUCGGAAACGGAGGGGUUAAGUCGUUGGUUGUUCUCGGUGACAAGCUAAUAAGCGCUCAUCAAGAUCACAAGAUCCGUGUAUGGAAGAUCAUCGACGAGAGUAGUCGUAGAGAUCAUCAAAAGUACAAGUGCGUGGCGACCCUUCCGACGAUGAAAGACCGUUUCACGAAUCUUUUCAGUCGGAAAAGCUACGUGGAAGUACGACGGCACAAGAAGUGCACAUGGGUUCACCACGUGGACGCCGUCUCAUCUCUGGCCUUGUCACAAGACGACUCUCUGCUUUACUCUGCCUCGUGGGAUAGGAGUUUCAAGAUUUGGAGAACAUCCGAUUUCAAAUGCUUAGAGUCUAUCGAGAAGGCUCACGACGACGCGAUUAACGCCAUCGUGGUCUCUCGAGACGGGUUUGUCUACACUGGAUCGGCAGAUAAGAAGAUCAAAGUGUGGAACAAGAAGGACAAGAAACACUCUCUGGUCGCUACUCUUACGAAACAUCUCUCCGCAGUGAACGCUUUGGCGGUUAGUGAAGACGGGAAGGUUCUUUACUCAGGAGCUUGCGAUAGAUCGAUUCUUGUGUGGGAGAGAAUAAGCAACGGAGGUGAGGAAUCACAUAUGACUGUUGUGGGAGCUUUAAGGGGACACACGAAGGCGAUUCUGUGUUUAGCGGUUGCGUCUGAUUUGGUGUUCAGUGGAUCAGCGGAUAAGACCUUGAGGGUUUGGAGGAGAGGACUAAUGGAGAAAGAAUGUUAUUCUUGUUUGGCAGUUUUGGAAGGACAUACCAAGCCUGUUAAGUGUUUGGCCGUCUCGGUCUCUGAUUCUAAUUCCAGUCAUGAUUCGGUGAAUUCUUGUAUGGUUUAUAGUGGAAGUCUUGAUCUUUCUGUUAAGGUUUGGAACUUAAGGGUCUGUUCUGUUUAA